GCAAGAGGCCGGGGGGCUCCGGGGGGGGUCGCAGCUGGCGGUGGGGAUGGCGAGGCUCGGUGUCCUUUGGUGUUUGUCCCGGGAUGCUGCGCUGGAUGUGCUCGGCACCCUCCUGCCUUGCCCCGGGAUUACAGCAGGUCGGAGCCCCCCGGGAUGUGCCUCUUUGGGCCCUUCUCUUCCGCAGGGGCGGCUCCUCCGCCUCGUUUUGCCCUAAAACGGAGCGAGCCUGUGCAGCUCCGGCCGCUGCCCGGCUCUGCCCUUCCUGCCUUUCCUUUGGCAGCGGGGGGAAAGUUGAGGUCCGGUUUUCCAGCCUGGGUGUAUCCGGCUGAGCCCGGCUUUGGGAGAAAGCCCCGGGAGGGGUUUUGGCAGGGAGAGAGCUGCGUGCCUUGGCACGGGUCGGGCUAUCGGUGUGCAGGGAGCAGGAGGGCUCCCGGUGGCACCGGGGAUUUGGGGAGCACCCGGUUGGAAAGGGCAGCCAGCGGGACGUGCGGCCAGCCGGGACAAACCUUUGGCACGUUGGGCUGUGUGCCAGCACCUGUGGGAGUCACCGACAGGAUGUCCCACGGAGCCCAGGAGGACCCACCUGGAAGGGUGGAUUGGGAUAGGGAGGCAGAGGAAGGGUCUGGGAGAUGCUGAAGAGGCAGAGGUCCCUCGGGUCUCCCAACCCAGCAGGGUGUUCCCAGCAGCAGCACUGCUCUGGAUGGGCUCCCUCCCUCGUUUUGGGAGGAGAGGGGUUAAGUCAAAGCAUCCAAGCUAAGCCCUGGCAGGAGAAGGCUAAAAGCUCUCGGAGAACAAAGCUCACAAAGUGGUGCUAAGCUGGUAGAACCUGUGGGAAUGUGGGAGCCUUCAGGGGCAGUGGGGUCCUGCAUGGGGAGCGGGGUCCUACAGGUCCCCUGCAGCCCCUCGGCGUGGAAAUCCUGGCCCCAGGUUUAUUUUUGGAACAAUUGCUUGGCCGGGCUUCAAAAAUGUCCUGGUUUUUGGAAGAGAGUAGAGCCUGUGAGCUGUCAGCACAGGCCAGGCACUGUGGGGUGUCCAGGGCUGGGUCGGGAGCACCUCCAGGGGGAUCAGGAGGUGCACCAGGAGCCCCACACUGGGUCUGGGAUGGCUGCUGCAUUGAUGGAGGCAGCAGAUUUUUGUUUUCUCUUUGCCAACCCCAAAUUUGCCGUCCACCUUUCAGGGAAGCUUUCCCAGGAAGGCAGCCUGAGCUCUCCAGGCUCCUGGGUGCCUCCCAAGGUGGACGUGCAGGUCGUGCCUGCUCUCCCUGCGCCCCUUCCUUUGCACCCCGGGGCUGUGCCACCCCUCUUUUAUCAAUUCCCGGCACAUAUGAAAGGGACAGAGAGGGCAAGGAUUGAUUCUGGGCAAACACUAUAAAGGCACCUACAGUUAGAGCGGGGAAGCACUCGGUUCAUGGUAAUUAUCCUGGUUAAAUUAUAACCUCAUCAACAGGCCACCUCUGUCCCCGGGGCUGCCGUGUUCUCCAGCGCUGGCAUUGCAGCAUUUGUGUCCCAGCCCCGGUGACACCGAGGGGACCCACGCCUGGCCAGGGCUGGAGGGUGACUCCUCACCCCCCACAGAGGGUCCCUGAGGUGCUGCGGAGCUGGAGAGCCCCCAGGAGCCGUGUCCUGGCAGCCCCCCAGGCAUCCCAGAGGCACCAUGAUCCCCAGCGUGGGCCCCCGGAGCUGCUGCCUGCUCCUGCUGCUCUGCCUCCUCCCCUGCCCGCAGGUCCGGGCGGGCAGGGACGGCCCCAGCGUCUCGGCAGCCUCCUUCCUGCAGGAUCUGCUCCAGCGCUAUGGGGAGAGCCAGACCUUGAGCCUGAAGCAGCUCAAGGCCCUGCUGAACCGCCUGGAUGUGGGAGUGGGACACGCCAAUGUCUCCCAAACACCUCAGCAGCGCCUGAACCUCUCUCGUUGCUUCAGUUCUGUGGAGCUUUUUGCCAUCCACAACCUGAGCGAGGGCUCCCCUGUGGGGCACAGCGAGUUCAAGGAGUUCUGCCCCACCAUCCUGCAGCAGCUGGAGUCGGGGGCGUGCGCCUCCGAAAACCUGGAGAAUGAGGAGAAUGAGCAGACAGAGGAGAGCCGGCCCAGCUCAGCUGAAGUGUGGGGCUUUGGUUUUCUCAGUGUGUCCAUGAUUAACGUGGCCUCCCUGCUCGGAGUCCUCAUCGUGCCGUGUUCCCAGAAGGCCUUUUUCAGCCGGGUGCUGCUGUUUUUCAUCGCGCUCUCCAUCGGCACGCUGCUCUCUAACGCGCUCUUCCAGCUCAUCCCAGAGGCGUUUGGAUUCAACCCUCAGGAAGAUUAUUACGUUUCCAAAUCCGCUGUGGUGUUCGGGGGCUUCUACCUCUUCUUCUUCACAGAGAAGAUCCUGAAGAUGCUCCUGAAGCAGAAGGACCAGCACCACCACGGGCACAGCCACUAUGGCCCUGAGGCUCUGCCCUCCAAGAAGGACCGGGAGGAGGGGGUCACGGAAAAGCUGCAGAACGGGGACCUGGACCACAUGAUCCCACACAUCACCAGUGACCUGGAGUGCAAGCCCCCCUCAGGGGAUGAGAAGGCUGUGGUGGGCUCCCUCUCUGUCCAGGACCUGCAGGCCUCCCAGAGCGCAUGCUACUGGCUGAAGGAGGUGAGGUACUCGGACAUUGGGACUCUGGCCUGGAUGAUCACGCUCAGUGACGGCCUCCACAACUUCAUUGACGGCCUGGCCAUCGGUGCCUCCUUCACCGUCUCUGUUUUCCAAGGGAUCAGCACCUCCGUGGCCAUCCUCUGUGAGGAGUUCCCACACGAGCUGGGGGAUUUUGUGAUCCUGCUGAAUGCUGGGAUGACCAUUCGCCAGGCGCUUUUCUUCAACUUCAUCUCUGCCUGCUGCUGCUACGUGGGCCUGGCCUUCGGCAUCGUGGCUGGCAGCCACUUCUCUGCCAACUGGAUCUUUGCUCUGGCUGGAGGGAUGUUCCUGUACAUAGCACUGGCUGACAUGUUCCCUGAGAUGAACGAGGUGAGCCGGGAGGAUGAGCAGAACGGCAGCGCCCUGAUCACCUUCGCCAUCCAGAACGCAGGGCUGCUCACGGGCUUCACCAUCAUGGUGCUGCUCACCAUGUACUCGGGGCAGAUCCAGAUAGGGUAGGACCAGCCCGAGCUGCAGCCCUGAUCCAGUUUUUCCAUGGAUUUUUUUUUUUUUGGGGGGGGAAGGGUUUUUUUCUUUUUUUUUUUUUUCUUUCCUUUUCCUGCUGCAAACAUACGACGGUACCUGUGUGGGCACUGACCUCACACUACAGGAGAGACAUUGCUUUGAAAGCUAUUCCAUGGAUUUUUUUUCUGGUUUAAGGCUGAGGGGAGUGGAAUUCCCCUUCCCACAGGACUGACCUGACUUUGUCCAGUGUCAUAUCCCUUCUCUCCUCACCUCUCCCAGGAAGGAUGGAAUGGGGAGACAGGAGCUGCUCCAGCCAUGCUGCUCCUCUCGUGGUGCUUGGAGCGUUCCCACGGGACAUGAGGCUGUCCUGACCCCUCUGGGGGUGUGUGAUGGGGACAGACAGGGACAGACCCUUCUCAGAGCGUUCCCCACGGCCAGCCCUCAGAGCUGUUCUCUCUGAGGAUGAGGAGGUUCAUGAUGUCACCAUCAUCCAACUGCUUUUGCUCUGUUUCAGCCCGGACAAUGCCCUGGCAAGAAUGGGGUGAAGAGGGCAGAGGUUUUAAAGCACAUUUUGGGUGUCAGUGCUCAGAGCAGAGCACACCAAACUGGGUUGGAGCGCCACUUGCGCUGCUGGGAGAAGCCUGCCAGGAUGCCCCGACCCUCCCUUCAGUCCAUGCAGCUGAAAUGAGGGGCAAAGCCCAGCUCCUCCUCUGUGAGGGCUGCUCAGAAGGGGAUGAGAGCAGAGCCCUCAUCCAGCCCAGGGAUUUCUCCUCAGGCUGUGUCCAAACUCACGGUGACACCCAGGAGCAGCCACCACUUUUUAAACAGUGCUAAGGUGCAGGGUGGGGUGGGGGGUGUUUUUAAAAGCAAAACUCAGACUGUGAACCUCUUUAGGUUGUGUGUUCCCAGCCUUGGGGAGUAGCCAGAGAAGGGUGUUCCAGGCACUUCCCAGCUCUGCCUCCAGGCUGGCGUUCCAGAUUCACUAGGUGAAUUACUUAUUAUCAUAUUGAUAAGGUUGUCCACCCCACCUGUGUUGCUUGAGGUUCCCUCACACCCCUUUUGCCCCCAGACCCCUUGUCCUGUACCUGGUGUAAGCUUGUGGCCGUGUGGAUUCAGGGCAAUCCCUUGUGGUUGGAUUGGGAUGGAGGAGAGGUGCAGGUGCUCUGGAAGUGUUUGUGAAGUGUCUUCCUUCACUGCCCACCCAUGCAGGUGUGUGGGGUGUGACAGGGUGGUGGCACCGUGCUGGAGCUGAGGCUCCCACACCUUCCCUUCGCCCUCUGAGGAAAUCAAACCUGAGGCUGUGCCAGGUAUUAUUCCUGCCCCUCUCAGACAGAGGGCCCUGGCAUAGGCUCAGCACCCCUGGCAGUGUUGGACCCUGGCUGGAUCCCUGUAAUCCCUGAAUUCCUGUACUUCCCAGCUGGGUGAUGUUCUUCCUAAGCUCCCAACAGCUGUCACCGAGCCCGUGCCCUCUGGCACUGCCAGGAUCCUCAUGGAUCAUCACCUGCACCCUCGGUGGCUUUCCUAGUCUGGGCAUUUGUCCCCUCAGCACCCCUGGCUCUUGGCUUUGUCCUGCACCCCAACACCUAAAUAUCAAUUCUGGAGGAGCAGGGAGCCUUUUUGGGAUGACCUGAAGGUGCCACACGGUCCUCAGGUGAUUCCCUCAAGGAGAGAUGGGCUCCGCUUUGUCCCAUGUGGUGUCUCUUGUGGAUUGUCACCAAAAGUCACUUUUCCCACUGGAGCAGAGCAGCGUGGCCUGUGCUGGCUGGGCAGUCAUUCAUCACCUGGCAGGCAUUCCCUGGGCUGCAGGUUCCAGGACCAAAGGGGCAUUGGAAACACUUUUUCCUUGCCUGAGAGAGCUGCAGCCCCAGCUGACUGAGUCGAGGUGGAAAAUCUGAGUCCUUUCACUGGCACUGGUGCCCUCUCCUCUCUCUCAAGGAGGCACUUGGAAAACACCAAGUGGCUGGCAGGGCACAGGAGCUGCAUCCCGGCUGGAAAAGCCUCCGUGGGCAAGGACAGGGGGCAAUGGGGGCUUUGUCCCCUCUGGACUGUGCCUGGGAGGUCCCCAGGAGCUGGGAGGUGGCAGAGAGCAGGGCUUGGCGUCCCCAGAGCUGGCAGGAUUCACUGUGGGGAUCACAACUCCGCCGUCUCCUCGUUUCCAGUUUAUCCCUGUUUCCCGAGGAGUCUGCAACCCGGAGAUUUGGGAUUGGGGGGUGAGAACCGAGGCUGCUCUGCCACCGAGGAGAGCUCCUGUUCCCCCUGGGCAGGCUGGCACCUGCCAGUGGGAAAGGGAUGGGAACCCACCCGAACCGAGCCCCUCGUGGAUUUUCAUCCGUGUCUCCUUCCCCUCGAGUUCCAUCUCAGUAUUUCAAUUCUAACUCAGGUGUUGUAGGAGAGAAACAAAGAGCGUUAACUUAACUGUCACGUGAAUUGUACAGAUAUUUGUAAAAUUCCAUAAAUAAAAUAUAUUCUGUAAUGA